AUGGAUCGCCUACCCCAGACUGAGGCUAAUGCUUCUCCACCGAAGAAGGAACUCCAUGCUCAAAAUACGCAGACAUCGUCUCCUCCUUUAAAAGCUCCAACCGCACACUCUCCAACUAAAAUACGUGAACAACCUCGCCCUCAGGCAAACACACCAUUAACAGAAACUGUCGCUGUCGAACGGGUUGCUAAGCAUUCCCAAAAAGAAGGCAAAGGUGAGUAUAGGAAAGGCGAUAAAGUCCCGGCAAGAUCUGCACGCUCGAUAGCAGAAAGGGCCGAAUUUGUGCCACCUAUUGAGUACUUGGAUGUGUCACGAAUUGCCAUUCGUUUCUUGCAAUCCCUGAUGUUCUGCGAAAUGUUACUGCAUCUCUUUGGAAUACCUCUUGCCAUGCACGAAGCCCAAUUGUUUUUCAAUUAUCGGAAGGGCGAAACGAAGGGCUUGCGUGAUGUGGUGGUGAACACGUUACCACCUGGAAAAGGCAGUAGAGUGUUCGUUCCUUAUGCUCUUUCACGAGCGUAA